UACGGAUGUUGUGUUAGCAGUACGCUGAGAGCGCUAGCUUUGGGAUGCUAUCAUUCCGUUUAAGUUCAGUACUUACAUUAAUUUAAUUCACAGCAAGUACGUUGACCGUUGUUAUUUUUUUAAACAUACGAGGAUAAAAAGUAUAACUGCGCUAUGUGCUAGCCUCCAGUUACUGUUUUAAAGUUAGCUUAACUCCAAAGUUAGCUCGGUUAUUGCCGCUGCUUUGUUGACGCCUAGCUGCAGAGAAGAAUCUGAAGUUGGCACAAAGCGUUAGAGGGACCAUGGCAGAUCCUGCACGGAUAAAGUCUGAGGGUGCACCUGAAAGAACAAGUUCUGCUAACGAAGAGCAUCCUAAAUCAGAGGAAACAGAAAAUGUAUCUGCCUCAGAAAAACCUGCAGAUGAAAAAGAGUUGGCCUCGCAAGAUCAGCCAAAACAGGAGGUUAAACCGGAAACAGCAGCAGUAGAAGAUGAGGAAGAAGGACCCUCCGGCCAGCCUUCUUCCAAAAGACUGAAGGUGGAACCAGAGAAGAAAAAAGAGAAGCGCCACAAGGUUGAUGAAGAUGAAAUCCAAAAGAUGCAGGUUUUGGUGUCGUCCUUUUCUGAAGAGCAGCUGAAUCGCUAUGAGAUGUACAGACGUUCUGCCUUCCCCAAGGCUGCCAUUAAGAGGCUGAUCCAGUCCAUAACAGGAUCAUCAGUGUCCCAGAAUGUGGUGAUUGCAAUGUCUGGUAUUGCCAAAGUUUUUGCUGGGGAAAUCGUUGAGGAAGCAUUAGAUGUUUGUGAGAAGUGGGGAGACACACCACCGCUGCAGCCCAAACAUAUGAGAGAAGCAGUGAGGAGGUUGAAGAGCCGAGACCAGAUUCCCAACACCAAGUACAAGAACAUUGUCUUUCACUGAGGCACUUGCACUGUACAUUAUGAGGAUGGUGGUGAUUAAUAAGUGGUGCAUCACGUGUGAGAAACUUGCAGCCACUGCAGCCAAAUAAGCUGUGACUCUUCUCUACUAAGCGACCAAGCUCAGCAACUGUAGUAUUGAAGAAUGGUCAAGAAAGCUGCGAAUUAAAGCUGAAAAGUAGACCGGCCACUCACCCUGAACUGUCAAGGUAAAUGCUUCAUGCCGCACAGUUUCAAUGGUGUUAAAUCAUGUUCAUGUAUUAUAUUUACAAAUGCCACAAGUUUUAUACUUAAAAAAAAUUAAAUGUUUUGUUCUUGUGCCUCAACUAGUUUACUUUUUUGGUGAAAUGAAUUUGCGAUGGGUUCAAAAUAUGUAAAUUUUUUCUUUCUUUUUACAGUUAUACAGGCACACAGGAUUUUCAUUUUAUUUCUUGAAAUUAAAAAAAAUUGUCAUAUCCUUUUUAAGAUCCUUCCUGUAUCAUAACUCACUCAAUCACAUUUUUCCAACAACUGAACCUUUUUAGAGAUUAAUUGGAAAAGUGGUUCUUGAAAAACUGAACUCAAACUACUUAGUGUAAUUUUUUUUAGGUUUAGGUUGCUUCACUUGGAAAUUUGUAACUUUCUAUUGAGGUUAAUGUCACAAAUAUGAUGGAUCACAGUCAUAAAAUACCCAACAUGAGACUUUGAACGUACAAGGUUCUGUAUAUUCUGAAAUGACACAAGUAUGAAUGCAGUAGACUGUUAUAUGAAAACGUGGAUUUUCUAUUAAAUCAUACAUGGACAACCAAAA